AUGCCACAAACGCUCAAGAUCGCGUCCGCGCAAGCACGCACCCUCACCACAACCGCCGAGACCCUCGCUGCCCUCGAAGCGACCACAAAGCGCGCCGCCUCUCAGGGCAUCGAUGUCCUCCUGUUUCCCGAAGCAUACUUGGGUGGAUAUCCUCGUACUUGCUCUUUUGGCGCUGCGGUUGGUGCUCGCGCACCCGAAGGUCGCGAGCAGUUCCUUCACUAUUUCCACGAUGCUGUCGAUAUGGGCGACACACCGAGCGGCGCUGGGCAAGAUUGGCUAGAUCGGAAGCUCGAACUGCCAAAGGGGAAGGAAUACAGGGGUGACGGGACAAGAGAGGAGUUGGAAAGGAUAGCGAAAGAGACCGGCGUCUUUGUUGUCACUGGAAUAGUGGAAAAGUCGGGUGGCACACUUUACUGUGGGGCUGUGUUUGUAGAUCCGAAGAUGGGGAUAUUGGGGAAGAGAAGGAAGGUCAUGCCCACCGGUAGCGAGCGGCUGAUCUGGGGCUUUGGAAGUGCGAGUACGCUGAGGGCAGUGACAACAGAGAUCAAAGGUGUCAAGCUGUGUAUGGGAUCAGCGAUAUGUUGGGAGAACUACAUGCCUCUGCUGAGACAAAGCUUGUAUAGCCAAAACGUAAAUCUGUGGUUUGCACCGACAGCAGAUGCGCGCGACGCCUGGGCGUCGCUGAUGCGGACCGUAGGCUGCGAAGGCCGAUGCUUCGUCGUAAGCGCAAACCAAUGCGUCAAGAAGAAACAUCUCCCGGAGUGGAUCUCAGGUCAGGUGCAGUCGCAGAGCAAUGGGGACGGAACUGGAGUCGGCAGGAGGAUAUCACAACAGGGCAGUGGGGCCGCUGGUAGACGGCGAAGUACCAUCACGAAGACACAAGAGGGCCACGAGAUUUGUCUGCCAAUCCCGGAAGGCCAAGCGUCGGCCACGAACGCUGACUCUUCAGCGAUUGACUCUUCGUCGGUUGCAGAAGAUCCACUUAGUCCCAAGCAGCAGCCCUUUGCGCAACCCCAAGCAUCGUCCACAGACGGAGAAGAGUUUGUUUCUCGCGGCGGCUCUAUGAUUGUAUCACCGCUAGGCGAUGUGCUUGCUGGACCGCUGUGGGAGGAGGAAGAUGAGCUGCUCGUUGCAGAAGUCGACUUCGAAGACUGUGAGCGUGGCAGACUCGACAUGGACGUUGCAGGAAGCUACUCGCGCAUGGACAGCUUCAAGCUUCGCGUCGAGGGUCUUGAUUUGAAUCCGCCUCCGAUGUAG